AUGUCACCCACGAUCAUCAGUCUCGUGUGUCUUGGUGAGUCCUGGAAGGGAAUGAAGGGCUGGGAACACUAUGGUGGUCAGGACAAGCCCUCCUUAUCUGCCUGGCCAAGCCCUGUAGUUCUGCAAGGACAGUAUGUGAAUCUUCGGUGUCACUCCCGUCUUGGGUUUGACAGAUUCAGACUGGACAAGGAUGAUGGAGCCCACGUCCCUGAGCUCCGGGACAUAAUAUUCAACAACAGCUUCCUCCUGGGCCCUGUGACCCCAGCACAUGCGGGGACCUACAAAUGUCAUGGUUCUUACAGGCGCUCCCCCUCUGUGUGGUCAGCACCCAGUGACCCCCUGGUCAUUGUGGUCACAGGAGUCUACAAAAAACCUUCCAUCUUGGCCCAGCCAGGUCCCCUGGUGCAAUCGGGACAAUAUGUGACCCUGCAGUGUUGCUCAGAGAUCGCGUUUGACAGCUUCAUUCUGCACAGAGAGGGGGUAAUGGAGAACCCCUUGCACCUUAUUGGACAGCCCCAUGAUGGGGGCUUCCAUGCCAACUUCCCCGUGGGUCCCAUGACAACUGACCAUGCAGGGACCUACAGAUGCUUCGGUUCUAUCAAUUACUCCUCCCAUGAGUGGUCAACCCCCAGUGACCCCCUGCACAUCAUGAUCACAGGACUAUACAAGAAACCUUCUCUCUUAGCCGAGCUGAGCCCCGUGGUGAGGUUAGGGGAGAAUGUGACCCUGUUCUGCAGCUCUGAGAGCUCAUUUGAUGUGUACCAUCUAUGCAGGGAGGGGGAGGCCCGUGAAUGCUGGCUUGCUGGAGGACAGAGCCAUAAUGGCACAUUCCAGGCCAUCUUCCCUCUGGGACCUGCAACACCAGCCCACAACAGGACCUAUAGAUGCUACGGCUCUUUAAAUGUCUCUCCCUAUGGGUGGUCAGACCCGAGUGAUCCACUGCGCCUUUCUGUCACAGGUAACUCCAAACACCUGCAUGUUCUGAUUGGGACCUUGGUGGCCAUCAUCUUCCUUGCUAUCCUUCUUUUCUUCCUCAUUCAUCGCUGGCGCCCUGCCAAAAAGAAUGCUGCUGUAACGGACCAAGAGCCUGAGGUGGACAGAAUGGGGAAUAGAGAGGACUCUGAAGCAGAAGACCCACAGGAGGUGAUAUACACACAGUUGGAUCAUUGGAUUUUCACACAGAAAGGAGUCAUACCCACUUCCCAGAGGCCCAAGGAACACUCAACUGUUACCAGUGUGUACAUGGAAUUCGCAACAAGCUAAGACCAGAUCAAGGAUUGAAUCCUAUCCCCUGAGCACACAUAGAAAGACCUUGAGGAGGUCAUCCAUUGAUGCCAUAGC